UCUGACUGCGACAAGGACGCUCUCACUCAGGCGGUCAGCAUCGUUGGGGCAAUCAUCAUGCCCCACAACCUGUACCUUCACUCAGCACUGGUCAAGUCGCGCCGGGUGGACAACAGGAACCGAGCGGAGACGAAGGACGCCAACCGCUACGUGCUCAUCGAGUCCUCCAUUGCCCUCUUUGUCUCCUUUCUCAUCAACCUCUCCGUGACGGCGGUCUUUGCCAAAGGCCUCUUUGGCCGCACCAACGACUACGUCUACGACCUCUGCACGGCCAAGGGCAAUCUGAGCUACAUCGACUACAACGUCCUCUCCAACGACAACUCCACCUUUGACGCCGACCUCUACAAGGCGGGCAUGUUCCUUGGCUGUCGCUUUGGCGCCUGGCCCUUCUACAUCUGGGCUAUUGGCAUUCUGGCCGCCGGGCAAAGCUCCACUAUGACCGGCACCUACGCCGGUCAGUUUGUCAUGGAGGGCUUUCUGAAUCUCAACUGGCCCCGGUGGAAGCGAGUGCUGCUCACUCGCACCAUCGCCAUCGCACCUACGCUCGCGGUUACACUUACCUCGACGGUGGACAAGCUGACGGGCAUGAACGACUACCUGAACGCGCUGAUGGUCAUUCAGCUUCCAUUUGCCAUUCUGCCCACGCUCACCUUCUCCUCCUCGAAGCUGGUGAUGGGCAAGUUCUCCAACAACACCUUCAACAAGAUUACCGCCACGCUGCUCUCGCUGGUGGUGGUCGUCAUCAACGUGUACUUUGUCAUUCAGACGGUCAUCGGAAUUGAGAGCUCCUUCAAGUGGCUCAUCUACGGCAUUGCCGCCAUCUACGGCGUCUUCUACGUCAUUUUCGUUCUCUACCUGGUUGCCUGCUACCUCAGCGUGCUCAACUACAAGUGCCUCGAAUCAAUACCCGGAGUGGGCAAAUACUUUGCCGAAAUCAACGAGCUUGAGUACAAAUACACGGAAUAG